AUGGCACAGAACACCUCGGGGUCAGCCCCAUCAGUGAACACCAACUCACGCGAGAAGUCCCCAAUUCCUAAAAUCAGCGAGGAUGAAGAGUUCGAAGUGACGUCACCCACCGACAUGACUUUCCGACAGGCCAACAACGCGGGUGCCACGUCUGUGGGCACCGCCUUGUUCGGAGGCAGCGCAGCCGCGGAAGGAGGGACACAAUUUGGAGGACCACUGUUCAGCAGAAGCCCCUUCCAGGGCGACGAAGACGACGACGAGCAAGAAGGCGAGCUAGCGCCUCUCCCGGGACAGACCGCACAGCAAGGAUUCCCCAAUAACUACGCGCUGGGUCGCCGGACCUCUGUGUCGGCAGAAUCUCUAAAUCCUACCGAAGCGGGUUCGGACAGCUGGACACCUCCCCGCCACCCAAAGACGGAGGAGCAGGUCUCCCGGCUCAAGGCCGCUGUCAGCAGUAACUUCCUCUUCUCCCACCUCGACGACGAUCAAUUCACGACAGUCCUGGAUGCGCUGGUCGAGAAGCCCAUCCCGGCCAAGGAUAUCAAAGUCAUCUCCCAAGGCGACGCUGGAGAUUACUUCUACAUCGUCGAGAAAGGUAACUUUGACAUCUACAUCCACCCCUCCGGCGCAGUGCAGCCGGGCCCCGAUGGCUUGGGUAACAAGGUGGCGUCGACUGGACCCGGAGGCUCCUUCGGUGAGCUAGCUUUGAUGUACAACGCCCCUCGUGCCGCGACAGUCAUCUCCACCGACCCAAAGAGUACUCUGUGGGCCCUGGACCGCAUUACCUUCCGCCGAAUUCUUAUGGACUCGGCAUUCCAGCGACGUCGCAUGUACGAGGCUUUCCUAGAGGAAGUCCCGCUGCUCUCCUCUCUUAAGCCCUACGAGCGCUCAAAGAUCGCCGAUGCCCUAGAUACAAUUAAGUACCCGGCAAACUCGACCAUCAUCCACGAAGGCGACCCCGGUGACGCAUUCUACCUACUGGAGUCGGGUGAGGCCGAAGCUACCAAGAACGGUGUCUCGGGACCAGUCAAGAAAUACAGCCGCGGUGACUACUUCGGCGAACUUGCGCUGUUGGAUGACAAGCCCCGUGCGGCGAGCAUCACCACCAAGACGGAAGUCAAGGUUGCGCGAUUGGGCCGUGAUGGAUUCAAGAGGCUUCUCGGACCUGUGGAGGAGAUUAUGAGACGGGCCGAGUAUGAAUUGGAUGCUGCCAAGUCUCCUGUUUCCAAAUGA